AUGACCAACAGCACCAGCGAGGCGGAAUGUCUUCUGCUGAACGUCUGGCGGCCAGUAGUGGCUGUCACAGGUGAUCAAUUGGAAACCGGCCAAAAAAAGCCUCUUCCGGUGAUGGUUUUCAUUCACGGGGGCGCCUUUGAGACAGGAACCAUCUUCACGCAGGCCUACGACGGCCGCUACCUGGCCACGGUCGGCGGGGUGGUCGUCGUCACCCUUCAAUACCGCCUGGGCGCCCUGGGCUUUCUAACCGCUCCCGGCCAGGUGCCGGCCAAUCUCGGUCUGCGAGAUCAGGUGCUCGCCUUGAAGUGGGUCCGCCGGAACAUCGCCGCCUUUGGGGGCGAUCCGCGGACGGUGACCGUCUUCGGCGAGUCGGCCGGCGGAAGCUCAGUGGCGGCGCUCAUCCUCUCGCCGCUGGCGUCAAACCUUUUCCAGCGAGCAGUAGUUCAGUCCGCCGCCCAGGGAGGCUUCUUCAGCAGCGAAUCGGUGGAGCAGGGCCUGGAGAAGACGAUGCGACUUGCCGCCAGGCUAGGUUGUCACAAGCAGCAACCAAAGUUUGAACUGGGCAAUGUAAAGCAGUGGCUGCCGGAGGUGGUCCGGUGUCUGAAGGAGAGGCCAGUGGAGGCGAUUCUGGCCGCCUCGGCGGACGCCUUCGCCACAAAUGGCCUCUUUCUGCCCGUCUACGGCGCCGACGCUGAGGUGUUGCCCGUCAGGCCGGAAGAUGUGCUGAAGGAGGAAAGUGAUGGUGGUGAUGGAAAUCAUCAAAGGGCUCAUCACCAGCAGCUGCCCAAUCCAGGUGAUCUGGAUUUGAUG